CUUCUCGAUUGAAAAGCCCUUGGGGUUUUGCCGGCGCCAGAAGGAUCGCUCGAUCGAGCUCGCGGCGCCUCCAAAUCCUAGCCAAGAACGGCCCAUCCGCCUCGCGGCGCCACUGAUCCCGCCUCCAGAAGCGCUGAGCCAGGGUUUUGUCGCCGGCGCCAGGAGGAUCGAUCGUCGAGCUCGCGGGUCCUAGUCAAGAACAGGCCGUUCGCCUUGCGGCGCCUCUGAUCGUGUUCCAGCGCCUCCAGAAGCCCUGGCCAGGGUUUUGUCGCCGGGGCCAUCGAUUGAGCUCGCUGUGAUCGUGUUCCAACGCCUCCAGAAGCUCUGAGCCAGGGUUUUGUCGCCGGGGCCAGGAGUAUCGAUCGAUUGAGCUCGCGGCUCUUCCUCUGAUCGUGUUCCAGCGCUCUUGUCGCUGGCGCCAGGAGAAUCGAUCGAUCGCGCUCGCGGCUCCUCUCGCCUCCAGGAGCGGUCUCAAGGCAGCAGCUGUGGAUUCCAUCAUCUUAUAUCAUGAUGCACUUCGUGCCACAGCUUGUGGUGCUCAAGGAUGGCUCUGUUGUUGAUAACGUGCUGCUCCACGGCAAGGAUUCCUUUGUUCUUGGACGGCACCAAAACUGUGACGUGGUCGCGGGGCAUGCGAGCAUCAGCCGGCAUCACCUGGAAAUCCGGAUCAUUCCUGAAACUCGGCAGCUCGUCCUAAAGGACAUGCACUCAGUUCAUGGGACACGACUCAAUGGGGAGCCUCUCAUCCCUCUCGACCCGGUCAUAAUGGAGGAAGAUGGGAAGUUUGAGGUCGGAGCAUCGACGCGAACGUAUAUGGUCAAGUGGAUUCCCGUGGCUCAGGAACAGUCCGAUUCUUCCUCCUCUUCGUGUACUCCUGCAAAGUCGACAGCUUCCAGCGUCGCCAAGGGUCUGGACGAGGAGUUCCAGAGCAUCUUGCGGCUGGAAAGCAGUAACUCACGUAAACAGGAAAAUGCGGAUCGCGGAGCAAAGAAGCAGCCAGAAAGGCUUGCCUUUUCGGACAUCAAUGGAAGAACGGGCUCGCCACCCGCCAGGCCAAAGUCUCCAGCACGUGGAAACAAGGGAGCGGCUUCGCCUCUGUCAGCGAAGUUCACAGCUCUGCGAAUGUCUCCGGCUGGAAAGAAGAUCUUCGGAGUCCAGAAGCCGGAACAGUCUCCUUCGACUCUCUGGCUUAGGCGUGGUGUCAACCUCGAGCUGCCAAGCCUUGUCACAAACACACAGGCUUCUGCAACCCCUGAAGACGGUUACGUAUCAGACAAGGAAAACAUGACUCCUGCUCUAGUUGCAAAGCCUGAGGUGGAUGCAUCCAAGUCCGUGGUGUCGAGGAAACCAUUCGGGGAGCUCUUUUUUCUUCCGUCACCGAGUGUUCAACGCGACUACAAGCCCGUUUUCCAGCCAGCGCCUUACUCAACGAGCUCCGAUGAAGACAGUUUCAAAGAGUACUGCGCUCGUCGGCACCGGGUAACAGAGAAGAAGGCUGACGAGGUUAAAUGGCAUAUCAUUGUGGAUACGAACUGUUUCCUGGACGAAGAUGGCUUCAAUUCUCUCAAGAAACUGGAAGGUUUGCGAGAGACACGAGUCAUCAUACCGAAGAUAGUCAUCCGGGAGCUUGACUUCCUCAAAAGAAGCGAGGACAAGAAAUAUCAGUGCCGGAGGUCAUUGCGCUGGAUAGAGGAGUGCAUGGUGAAAAAGCCAUGGUGGAUACACGUGCAGAAAAGCAACGAGAUGAAACCAAUGGGCAUGACUCCUCCGGUCUCUCCAUCCGUGGCCAAGAACUUCCUCCCAUAUGCCGUGGAUUUACUCUCUCCUACGAACGACGACCACGUCCUAGACUGUGCGCUGCUCUUCGAGAGAAGCGUUGUGGACGGAAGAGUGGUGCUGCUGACGAGCGACACAGCCUUGAAAAUCAAGGCAAUGGCAGAGGGACUAGUGGCCGAGAGCUCCACCUCCUUUUGCGAGAGUCUGCUCAAUCCAUACUCCAAGAGGUUCCUUUGGGCCGGAAGCACCGUCGCUCGCAGCCCCGUUUUCUGUCCUCUGGGUCUCUCUCCUCGUGGCAAGAAUGGCGGCGCUGGCAGCGGCAAGCUCGAAGCUCUCGAGGAUCAUCCAAAGGGCCUCCAAGUCGUGCUCUAGGCUCGUGAGAUAACAAAAUCGCAAACUAUCGGUUUGCUAGUGGAGGAUUUCUCCGGGGUGUUUCUCUAUAACUUCUGGACUACUGCUUGCCACCAACAAAGAUGGGUGGGCAGCAUUAAUGAUCGCCGAAAAUCUCAGGAAUGGAGUAGCAUCAAGUCGAUCAAACAUGUCAACUAUGAGGAUCGAUCGCCA